AGCUCUCGCCUGAUUGGUGCACACGGAGCAGUCCUGCACCAGCCUGUUAAUUACUUGUCUCAUCCUAAUUCAACAACAUGGGCUCCGAGGCGGUGCUGAAUCUUGAGCGGGUGCAGGCCCUGGAAACCUGGUUGGAAACAACCAGUGUAAAACUGACUCAAGUAAAUGGCCAGAGGAAGUACGGGGGACCACCUGAGGUGUGGAACGGCCCCACCCCAGGAGCCCGCUGCGAGGUCUUCAUCAGCCAGAUCCCGCGGGACACCUACGAGGACCUGCUGAUCCCCCUGUUCAGCUCCGUGGGUCCACUCUGGGAGUUCAGGCUCAUGAUGAACUUCAGCGGACAGAACCGCGGCUUCGCGUACGCCAAAUAUGGCUCGCAGAGUGUAGCCGCUGAUGCGAUCCGUCUGCUGAACGGCCAAGUGCUGGAGUCCGGGUCCUGCCUCAGUGUUCGCCGCAGCACAGAGAAGAGACACCUCUGUAUUGACAACCUGCCGGUCACCAGCAGGCAAGAGGACUUACUGCAGGUACUGCGUGUGCUCACCGAUGGGGUGGAGAGAGUGAGUCUGAUGACUCGAGCUGGUGUAGAGGGGGUGUCAGCUAAAGUGACCUUCUCAUCUCACCAGGCUGCUUCUAUGGCCAAGAAGAUGCUGGUGGAAGCAUUCAAGAAGCAGUUUUCACUGUCCGUCUCAGUCAAGUGGGAGUUAAUGGUGAAGCCGAGCCCAGACAAGCCUAUGCCUUCAAAGAAACCUUCAAAGAGCCCCCCCGAGAAGAACCCCCCAGUGAAGCCGCCAUGCCACAUCCUAAAUUCUCCACGGCCCUGCUCUGUCCUUCCUCCUCGUUUGGCCCACCACCAUCCAUCCUUCCCCCCAGGUUUCUGCAGCACAGUGGGAGGACCCACUAACCCGCUGCACCCUCACCUUUCCUACUACUCCACUUUCUACUCCCAGCAGCAGCUGGUGUCUGCAGCCUCCCCAGUGAUGCUCCUGCAUGAGGCAUGCGAGGCGACUGUGGCUGGCCAGCCGCUCUCAAGUCGACCUCCCUCUAUGAUGACAGGAUUACUGUGAAAUAGAAAAACACUUAUUGUUCUGAGUGAAGUUCUCCAGCCGUGUGGAUUUCUGGAGGUCGGUUCUGGAUGUUGACAUGUGUUUCAUGUCUGCUCAGAUCUGACUGAGUUAUGACCAUUUUGACAGAAUUUGUAGAAGUCAGAUAUUUAAUGUUUUGCUACAUAAGUAAAUGUCUACCAGUUGUGUUUUGUUGUGACAUUUUCUAAAAUAAAGAUUCCCAAAAGAGA